GGAUGAGCGGCGAGGAUGCUCGCGGCGCGCUCGGAGGCCGGCGCCUUCGCCUUCGCCUUCAUCCCAGUAUGUCCCGCGCGCCGCUGCAGCUGCGCAGCGAGCUCCAGGCCACGGGGUGCGGGCCCCGCCCCGGAAGAGGACGGCGAACGACCCCGAAAGCGGCAGCACACGACCGGCGGGCCUCCGCAGCGCGCUCCAGCGCCUGGAAGUGCUCUUCCCUUAGCGACUCGCUGGAAACCGGGUGAAGGUGACAUCUUGGUGGGUGCCGGGAGGCUGUAUGUCCAGCCAGUGAAGAGGCAUCACUGGGAGCUGGUGUCUCACUGGAGCAGUGCCCAGCCGCACCUGAUCCACAGGCCCACAGUCCCAGAGUCUGUACAAGCUCCCCAGCACCUGCUUUCCAGAAGCUUCACCCUCGGCCUUCCGUCCACUCCAGGCCGUCCCUCCCCUCGCCUCCAGAGACGGAGACGGGCUGCAGGGGGCACCCUGCACCUGGAGCUGCUGGUGGCUGUGGGCCCCGAUGUCCACCAGGCUCACCAGGAGGAUACAGAACGCUACGUACUCACCAACCUCAACAUUGGAUCAGAACUGCUGAGGGACCCGUCCCUGGGGGCUCAGUUCCGUGUGCACCUGGUGAAGCUGAUCAUUCUCACAGAGACCAAGGAUGCUCCCAACAUCACAGCCAACAUCACCUCGUCCCUGUUGAACGUUUGUGAGUGGAGCCAGACCAUCAACCCUGUGGAUGCCACAGACCCUGGGCAUGCCGACCUGGUCCUCUACAUCACCAGGUUCGACUUGGAGUUGCCUGAUGGCAACCGACAAGUUCGGGGGGUCACCCAGCUGGGGGGUGUCUGUUCCCCCUCCUGGAGCUGCCUCAUCACAGAGGACACUGGCUUCGAUUUGGGGGUCACCAUUGCCCAUGAGAUUGGGCACAGCUUUGGCCUUGACCAUGAUGGUGCACCAGGCAGUGAAUGUGAGCCCAGUGGCCAUGUGAUGGCAUCUGAUGGUGUGGUGCCAGUGCAUGGGGUCCUGGAGUGGUCCACGUGCAGCCGCCGGCAGCUGAAGCACCUGCUUAGCUUGGGACGGGUGCCCUGCGCAUGGGACCCACCACAGUCACCAUCUGGAUCCAAGGACCACCUGCUGGAUGCACAGCCAGGCCUCUACUAUAGCGCAGAUGAGCAGUGCCAGGUGGCCUUUGGCCCAGGGGCUUUUGCCUGCACCUUCACCAGGGAGGGCCUGGACAUGUGCCAGGCUCUCUCCUGCCACACAGACCCUCGGGACCAAGGUAGCUGCAGCCGCCGCCUCAUUCCCCUGCUUGAUGGGACAGAAUGUGGUACGGAGAAGUGGUGUUCCAAGGGUCACUGCCGCUCAUUGGCAGAGCUGACCCCCGUGGCAGCAGUGCAUGGACAGUGGUCCAGCUGGGGUCCCCGCAGCCCUUGCUCCCGCUCCUGUGGAGGAGGUGUGGUCACCAGGAGGCGGCGCUGCAGUAACCCCAGACCUGCCUUUGGAGGGCGUGCGUGUGUCGGGGCUGACCUCCAGGCCGAGAUGUGCAACACCCAGGCCUGCGAGAAGACUCAGCUGGAGUUCAUGUCGGAGCAGUGUGCCCAGACAGAUGGCCAGCCGCUGUACCUCUCUCCAGGCAUACCCUCCUUCUACCACUGGGGUGCCGCAGCACAGUACAGUCAAGGGGAUGCUCUGUGCAGACACAUGUGCCGGGCCAUUGGCAAGAGCUUCAUUGUGAGGCGUGGAGACCGUUUCCUGGAUGGGACUCGGUGUGUGCCGAGCGGCCCUCGGGAGGACGGGGCCCUGAGCCUGUGUGUGUCUGGCAGCUGCAGGACAUUUGGCUGCGAUGGCAGGAUGGACUCCCGGCUGGUGUGGGAUGCAUGUCAUGUGUGUGGAGGGGACAAUAGCACGUGCAGCCCACAAAAGGGCUCCUUCACGGCUGGUAGAGCUCAAGAGUAUGCCACCUUCCUGACGGUCACACCCAACAUGACCAACGUGCACAUAGUCAACCACAGGCCACUCUUCACGCACCUGGCCAUGAGGAUCCGAGGGCGCUACAUCGUGGCUGGGAAUGGCAGCAUCUCCCCCAGCACCACCUACCCCUCCCUACUGGAGGACAGCCGUGUGGAGUACAGAGUAACCCUCACAGAGGACCAGCUGCCCUACCUGGAGGAAAUCCGCAUCUGGGGACCAGCCCAGGAGGACAUGGAGAUUCAGGUGUAUCGGCGGCACAGCGAGGAGCACGGCCAGCUCACCCGCCCCAACGUCACUUUCACCUACUUCCAGCCUAGGCAGCAGGCAGCCUGGGCGUGGGCCCCCAUGCGCGGGUCCUGCUCGGUGAGCUGUGGGGCAGGACUGCGCUGGGUGUCCUAUGGCUGCCUGGACCAGGCCCGGGGGCAGUGGGUGGAGACUGCCCAGUGCCAAGAAAGCCCCCAGCCUCCCUCAUGGCCAGAGUCCUGCAACCCUGCACCGUGCCCCCCAUACUGGCUGGCUGGAGACUUCGGCCCAUGCAGUGCCUCCUGUGGGGGAGGCCUCCGUGAGCGGCUGGUACGCUGUGUGGAGGCACAGGGGGCCCUCCUGAGGACGUUGUCCCCGGCCCAGUGCAGAGCGGUGGCCCAGCAGCCAGCAGUGGAGGUGGAAACCUGCAACUCCCAGCCCUGCCCAGCCAGGUGGAAGGUAUCAGACACUGGCCCCUGCACAGUGGCCUGUGGAACAAGUGUGGCCUUUUGGAAUAUAACACCUGUGCAGGGGUCAGAUGGCCUGCAGGCACCAGCAACUACAGGGCCCUGCUGCACGGAUGAGAGGUCACCUGCUCUCAAGCCCUGUACCAGGAUGGCAUGUCCUCCAGGCUGGAGUCAGCCGGACACCACGUCUCUUGGGGAAGAGGCCCCCUUGCCACUGGGCAGUGCCAGGCUGGAGGCUCAGGCCGCACACACGUGGACUCCCCUGACAGGGCCAUGCUCUGUAUCCUGUGGGCGAGGCCUGAUGGAGCUGCGUUUCCUGUGCAUGGACUCUGCCCUGGGGACACCUGUCCAGGAAGAGCUGUGUGGUGUGGAUGACAAGCCUGGGAGCCGGCAGGAAGUCUGUCGGGCUGGCCCGUGCCCCGCUCGGUGGGAGGUCCGAGCCUUGGCACCGUGCCCAGUGACCUGUGGAGGGGGUCAGGUGCCCCUGGCUGUGCGCUGCAUAAGGUUGGACCACGGCCGCCCUGUCCCUUUGCCCCACUCCAAGUGCUGGCCAGUGCCCCGACCUGGCCCCUUUGAGGACUGCAGCCCAGAACCUUGUCCAGCCAGGUGGAAGGUCACAUCCCUUGGUCCAUGCUCAGCCAGUUGUGGUCUUGGCACUGCUGUCCGCACAGUGGCCUGCAUGCAACUUGAAGGAGGCCAGGACACUGAGGUGGAUGAGGUAUCCUGUGCAGCUCUGGUGCGGCCACAAGCCAGUGUCCCCUGCCUCCUCACUGACUGUACCUACCUGUGGCACGUUGGCACCUGGACAGAGUGCUCUGUCUCCUGUGGGGAUGGCAUCCAGCGCCGGCAUGCCACCUGCCAUGGAGCCCAGGCACCUGUGCCAGCCAGCUUCUGCCAGCACUCACCCAAGCCAGCAACAGUGCGCAGCUGCCAAGCUGGGCCCUGUGAGGAGCAGGGGACCUUCCGCUCAGUGCCCCACAAAGAAGCCACUGACCCCAGCCAGACCACAGCUGCUGUUGCUUCUCUGGAGUGGCCCCAGGAAAGCCUGGUGGAGUCCAGUGCCUGUGGCAGGCAGCACCUGGAGCCCACAGGAACCAUUGACAUGCGAGGCCCAGGGCAGGCGGACUGUGUGGUGGCCAUCGGGCGGCCCCUGGGUGAGGUGGUAAUACUCCAAGUCCUUGAGAGCACCCUCAACUGCAGUGCAGGAGAGAAGUUGCUGCUUUGGGGCCGGUUCAUGUGGAAGAAGUUGUGUGGGAAGCUGUCUGGCCUGACUUUCAGCUCCAGGACCAACAUUCUGGUGGCUAAGCUGCACCUUGUGUGGCCCGGAAGUGGAGUGCUGCUGGGGUACAGGAGCCAGCCUGCCCCUGGAACUUUCUACAGAGAAUGUGACUUACAGCUCUUUGGACCCCAGGGUGAAAUCGUGAGCCCCCUACUGAGUUCAGAGAUGAUGGGUGUAGGGGGCUGCCGGGUCUUCAUCAGUGUGGCUCCACAGGCCCGGAUUGCUAUCCAUGCUCUGGUCACCCACAUGGACCCUAGAACUAAGGGAACCAACGCCAGCUAUGUCUCAAUCCGGGAUGCCCACAGCCUGAGGACCACAACAUUCCAUGGGCAGCAGGCGCUCUACUGGGAGUCAGAGGGCAGUGAGGCUGAGGUGGAGUUUAGCCAGGGCUUCCUGGAGGCACAUGCCAGCCUGCAGGGUCAGUACUGGACCCUCAAUCCCAGAAUGCCAGAAGAGCCCGGAGCACAGCCAGGCCCUGCCCUAGAUUUCUCUCCAAGCUUUGGAAGGAAAGAGAAUGAACCCAACACCUACUGAACACUAGUAGAUGUCUGGGCAACCUGUAGGGUUUAACUCUGGUCUCAGAGUGCCUUCCAACUAGGACUUCCAUCAAUCUUAGGGAUUCUUCUUUGGGGUCUUGGCUUUAGGUGUAGGAGGUGGAGACUCUUUGGGAAAGCAGUUCCCAGCCCUUCAGAUGUCAAUAAAGGAAAUGGGAGGCCUGA